AUGGUCUCCAUCGCGGAUUUCUCAUUACCUGGUUACUUGAGGCAGCCGUUUAACCCCAACCCUGGAAGUUCUGAGAAGCGUCCGUUCCCCAUCCGGCCAUCUCCCAAAGCUGAACAGGCUGAUGAGAUCAGUGAGGAGUCUGACUCUGACCUUCAGAAACUGAAGGAGAAGCGGGGCAUGCUGGACAGGAAGAUGACCCAGCUGGCAGCAGACGGUUACUGGGUGAUGGAACUGGAGGACCAUCUCUCCCUCCUCCAUGAGUACAAGGACGUCAAGGAUGUAGCACAGAUGCUGCUGAGCAAACUGGCUGUGACCCGAGGUGUCACCACCAAGGAAGGACCU